AUGCCACCAGAACGUCGUAGAAGCGAGGAGAGUGGUGAUUUGGAUUCUUCAGGAGAUACGUUGUCGGUGGACGAGGAGAGCCCCGUUGAAACGCAAUCAGAUGUGUUGCCUGUUUCGUUAAAGCGUUCGAAAAGUGUGCUCGUUCCAAAGCGGGAGUCAAAUGACAAUGCAAAAGGUAAGUCUUAAGUUCCCGCCAAAACCGAUGCUAACGUUAACGUCGAACGUGAACUGUUUGUAUAAGACAGGUUCUUUUUCUUUUAUUCAUUAGAUUGGGAUGUUCAAGAAGUCAAGGAAUGGGCAAAAUCCAUGUUUAACGAAGAGGUUGCUGCAAACUUUGAAAGAGAGGAAAUAGACGGGACUACAUUGCAAUCGGAAAGAAUUAAGACGGAUGAAUCUAUGAACAGUUUAGGUGUAACCACAAUAGGAAAGAAAAACAAGUUUGUCGUGGCAGUCCAAACCCUUUUCGGUAAAUAUUUCUGAGAGAAAAAAUUAUUAUGUAUUUCCAUGUGUCUUGUGUUGAUGAAGCACCCAGUGCCCAUUGUUCCGUUUAGUGCCAGAUUAUUCUAACUUGUUAUUUAAGUACUCUAAAGAGAAGUGGUUGUUAAUAUAUAGAAAAAGUACUUGAGCUUGUGUAUAUCAACACUGAACUAAAAAGGUCUGUGUAUUGAGGAUGUAAUAGCUACUGAUUUUGUGCUGUAUAUUUUCCAGGAAAAGCUCUCAUGGAGCCACACCGGACUUCAACCAAGAGAUCUAGAUUGGAGCCUCUUACAUGCUAUGACGAGAUUGACAGAAUUUUGACAAACAGAGAAAAAGAUGAAUUAUCCUCAAUGGAUCGUAGCAUCUACAAUACUAAGUAAGUAAUAUAUAGCUACUUUUGACUACAGCCAAGUACCAGUGACUUUUUAUUUUCAGUACAAAUAAACUUGAGCCUCCCCUCCACCAGCCAUUAUUUACAAAUUCACAACUUCCGGACUCAUGUUUCUCCCUUCAUGCGUCCAUGAAAAUCAUGUUUGGUCAAACCCUUGGUCUGUACACUGUAUUUAUGUUACAAUGUGGUUUCUUACUUAAAACAAAAAUGCUCAAGUUUUGAUGGAUUGUUGACUUUUAAUACUCAGGAAGAAGAGGAUCAUUGCAUUCACCAAAACAGUAUGGCCUGAGGAUGAACCAGCACCCUGGUUUAGAGGGAACACAGAAAGUACUAAAAAGCUCUUGGAAAUAGUUGAACAACUUAGUGAAGAUGACACGUACACAUUUCUUAAAGCAGGAUUAGGCCGGAAGGCUAUUGAAGAAAUUAUCAUAAAACACAUGCAAGAAAGGAGGCGAAAGGAAAAUAAUCCUCUUAAUGAUUCAGACAACUCAAGUGGCAGUCAAGAUAGCAAGUUGUCAUCAGCAUCAGCAAGAAAUGAGAAAGUUAAAAACUAUGAAUCUUAUUUCAAUGAUGGUUAGUAUGAUUUUUUGCUUUAUAUAUUUUUGCAAACAAUAACGAAUGAUAGAGGAAAGAUAUAGCAAAAUUUUACCACUACAACAACGUGUGCAUCAGUUGUUUGAAAGUUGGAUCACUCUAUCCAGUGGACAAGACUUAGUGUUAGGAAGACCAUACAACUUGUUAACACAUGCAACACAAGCAAAUUAGGGGUUUAAUCUAACACUAACAGUGUUUCUUGUUAAAAAUUGAUGCUGUUUGAAAUUCUUAUUGAAGCAAGCCUUUGCUUUCUUAAUGAGAAUGGGAAAAAUGAUUGGUUUUAUUGGAUUCUUCUCAUUUCCUACUAACACUAUGAGUGGUCUACCCCCAAAAUUUCAAUAACAAUAAUAAUAAUGACAACAAAACAGUUUGCUCAGCAUGUCAAUAAGUUUGAAAUAUGAAAUUCAUUAUGGUGUCUUCUCUCCCUUUCCAGGAUUGACAUUGAUGUCGUCCACAGCCAUAAUACUCGCGUGGCUGGACAAACCUGCCAUCAGUGAUGUCACACUACAAGCCCUAAAGGAAGAGGCCAAGCAAUUAGGCCUCAACCUUUUGCGUAAUAAAGACAAAAACACCCACAUUAAGGCAGUCGCGUCAACUUUGUUGAAAAAAGGGAAAGUUACCAUUUCUGAGUCAGUAGAUUUACAAAAAAUAUCUACAGACGAUGUAAAGCUUACAAAGAUUUAG